UUGGAAACUCCUCAACGUAUAAGACACCAGAUAAGCUCCAACUUCAGACUCCAUUACCAUAGUAAAUGUGGCCGAUUUAUAACUCAUUCGAAUUCGCUGGCGCGGUUCAAUUAUUAUAAAUAUGGCGGCUAUGUGGGUCAGGCGGAGAGGUGGGAGUGCUGCAAGGAGGUUGUGGACGGAUGGGGAGACAUGCGGACGGCGAGGGGGGGUGAGGGCCCGGGGGGAGAGUCCGGGGGGGGGAGGACACCCGUCAAUCGAUUGUCAAGGAGUGCACCGUAUCGGGCGGACGGUGGAUACACGAGCAACUUACCAACACUAGAUGCACUCGCCUAUAUAUAA